CUCCCAGACAAUGUUUCUGAAGAACUUGGACAAUGAUGCUACCCCCUCGCUUGGCAAUCGACCUCACCCUCAAUUUCAGCAGCCUUGCGACAACCCCCCAAAUCAUACCUAUAUCCAACUUCACAAAUCACAAAGUUCCUGACUAUCUUACAACGUCAUAUCGAAUAGUAUAUCCAACUACGCGCGAACAAUAAUUGACCAAUUAAAUGUCCUCUCAACCCGUAAAACCGCCGUUGACCGGCCAAGCUUCUCAUACUCAACGAGGCUCCCAGUCAGGGCUGCGAUAUCCUUCCACCGGCAAAACGAUAUACCAUAGGCCAUUGAAUCGCAGUAAGACGCAGGAGCUGAGUCAAGCCAGCUUUGCAUAUCUAUUUGGGGAGAUGGUUAGUUAUGCACAACGACGGGUCACUGGUAUUCAAGACCUCGAGAAGCGACUGAAUGUUCAAGGUCACCCCAUCGGCCUCAAACUCCUCGAUCUCCUACUCUACCGCGAACCACCACGUACACAAACCCGGCCCCUUAACAUCAUCGCCCUCCUCCAAUUCAUAACCACCGUCCUCUGGCGUCACCUCUUUUCCCGCCCUGCAGAUGCACUCGAGAAAUCUUCGAACCCUGACACGCCUGAGGAAUACAUGAUAUCCGAUAAUGAACCUCUUGUCAAUCAAUAUAUUAGUGUGCCUAAAGAAAUGAAUCAAUUGAAUUGUGCGGCAUUUGUUGCGGGCAUUAUUGAGGGUGUUUGUGAUGGCGCAGGUUUCCCGGCAAGGGUCACGGCGCAUAGUGUGGGAAGGGGGGAGGAAGGAGAGCUGUGGCCAGGGAAAACGGUAUUUUUGGUCAAGUUUCAGGAAGAGGUGGUAGAGAGAGAGGCAUUUUUGGGGAAGAGUUAGGUUGGAAAGAAGUGAUAUAAUAUCAUUUGGAGCUUGCAACGCGGGUAUCCACGAUCAUACGCUGGGCGUAAAGGAGUAUCAUCGGGAUGGAGUUUAUGGUUAAUAUUUGGGUCUACUUUCUGUCCCGCAGUCGUCUUACUCGACUAGAUACGAUAUGGAAGAGCACAUAUGCUUGUCACCAUCCAUCUAUUUGACUUUUCUACCAAUAUCUUACUCAUCAGUUCGGAACUAAUUGCACUUCCUUUGCUUGUCCACAAAGGAAGACUGCAAUCGUGCCGUCAUACCACAUGGCUUGAUCUCCAAAAUUUAGGACUCGAAAGGACAACAUGGUUUUGGCAGGCGUCUGUCGAGGUGCAUUCCACAAACC